GCGCGUGUUACAUAAGAGAAGAAGUUCUCGAGCACCUUCAAGGUUGUCACCUCUGAAGAACAAGAAUCUGCUCCACAGAGCUAGUUAAGAUGCCGAUAUGAAGGUGAAUGCGAGGACGGAGGUACAGUUCCUCGGUGUCCCUGUCAAAGAUCACGCAGUAAUCGUGGACUCAGGGUCAGAGUUGAAGAACUUUGUGAUUGGGCUGCGGUUGUAAGGAUUAAGGCGUACAAAGCAUCGUCUCCUUUUGAGUGGUGUACAGAGUUAACUACGUUUUGUGGGCCACGAUUGUGACAAGGCUGAUUUUGACCACGAAGAAACAUUUGUGUCCUGACGAGAAACCGAACUGCGUUAUCGGCUUUAUCUUGGAACUGGCUGCAGAAGUGUGUCAAUGUAUGUUACGCUUUAUGUGCCACUGGAAUGGCGAAUUGGACCGCAUCAAUUCGGCUGCCUCGCCCGGGAUUUGUAGUGGCGAAACGCCGACUCAGCCCCGGGCCGCCUGAGCGGGUGUCAGUCCACUGUUGUGUCGAAACGCAAUUGAUCGUCAGAAAUGUCUCCAUAUGUGGAUACUCGAUCCUGUAGAAAGCGACAACUUCAUUUCUAUAAAAGCUCUCGUGUUGACAAAUGGUCACAGUUCGUUCAGCAACAGCAUCAUGGCCUUCAAGCUUUUCACUCUUGCCGUCUCAGUGCUGACUGUUGUCAGAGCCGGUUACUUCGGAGGCGGACCCACCCUACUGCCCUACGCUGCUGCCGCCCCCGCGUACUCUCCGGCCUACGGUUCGUACGUCGCCCCAGCUGCCGCCUCUGUCGCCAAAGCCGUCGAUGACCAGUACAGUCCUCCGCAUUACAGCUUCUCGUACGGCGUCAACGACCCUCACACUGGCGACAAUAAGGAACAUCACGAGACUCGAAGCGGAGACGUCGUUCAGGGCAGCUACAGCCUGGUGGAUCCUGACGGAACUCGUCGUACGGUGGAGUACACCGCUGACGCCGUUAACGGAUUCAACGCCGUCGUGCACAAGACUCCCGCUGUUGCUGUCGCUAAGGUCGCUGCCCCCGCCGCUAAGACUGUAGUGGUCCCCUCUGUGUCGUAUGGUGCCAGUCUGGGAUACGCGGCGACUCCUGCUUCUGCGUAUGGGGCCGGAUAUAUUUCUGGAGGAGCUUUAGCAUAUGGUGCUGACCAUGGAUUGACUUUCGGAAUUAAUCCCAUACUGGCCUAUGGGGCAGAUCAUGGUUUGGAUUAUGGCGUGAGUCCUUUCCUCAACUAUGGUGAAGGCCAUGGAUUUUCUUAUGGUGUCCCGUAUUCUGCAAGAUAUGGGGUGAACCCCGCGCUAGCUUAUGGGACAGGUCUCCCCUACGGUACGGGUCACCUUGGGGCCUCGAAUAUUUUUACCAAAGACUACUUCCGAUAGAAGAAGCAGCUAGUCUGUUGCAUGUUACUUUUGUAAAGACUGUACUUCGCUCAUAUGUAUAUUCAUGUAUCCAUUACUUACAAUCCCAAUAAUCAUGCUAAUUGUUGUA